GUGUAGUAUACACAGAAGACGAGAAAAGAGGAAUAAUCAUGUCAUUAUAAAAAAGUAAUUAAUAAUCAUUAAAAUGGUGUCAAUAAUAAAAAAUCAGUUGUUAAAACAUCUUUCGAGAUUUACAAAAAAUUUAUCAGCGGAUAAAAUUAAUUUAAGUACAUUUAAAGGAGAAGGUGAACUCUCUAAUUUAGAAUUGGAUGAAAUAGUUUUAACAGAUUUAUUAGAAUUACCGUCAUGGUUACGAUUAACUAGAUCCUGGUGUAAUAAAGUGACAUUUCGAAUACAAUGGACAAAAUUAAAAAGUGUUCCUAUUUUUCUGAGUUUAGAUGAAGUUCAUAUUGAAGUUGAAACUGUCGAAGAUUUAAGAAGUAUGUCAACUCCACAAGGAUUAUCCUCUUAUGGUGGACCGGCAAAAUAUUCUUUUAUUCACAAAGUAAUCGAUGGAAUAACAGUUGCUGUUAAUACUGUUUCUGUGAAAUUUAAAAGUCCAGCAUUUAUUGCUAAAGUUCAGAUGUCACGUAUAAUGGUGGAAUCAAAAUCACCAGCUUGGCAGCGUAGUGAUUUAAGAAUGACAAGAGUUAAAGAUCCUGAUCGGGGACAAUUGUUAAUUUUCAAGGAACUCGAAUGGCAAACAGUGAGAAUUGAAGCUUGGAGUACAAAAGACAAAGAUCUUACGCCACUUCGUUUAUUAACCAAUCAAGCACGAUGUAGAAUAACAAUUAAAAAAAGACUUUCUGAUUGUUUUGUAAUAGGAUCGAGAUUAGUGAUAAUUUUAGAUGAUCUUCUUUGGGUAUUGACUGAUUCUCAAUUAAAGGCUGCUCUUCAUUUUAUCGAUUCAUUGGGUGGUUUAAUUGAAAAAGCAACGAUUCUUGAAAGAAAAACAAAAGCUGCUCGUAAGCUGGAGUGUUUGCCAGAAUAUCAGGCACAAGUUUCACAGCAAACAAGAUCAAAAAGCGCCAGUCAUACACCAAUAUCGAAAAUAUUUUCAAGAUACGAUGUUUUUGAAACAUCCUAUCAUUUUCUAUCGCAAAGAAUUGAUUUACAUUUGUGCGAUGAUCCUGGAGUUGGUAGAUCUCUUCAUCCUGAUUUACAAGAUGGUGGCGCUCUACAAAUUUCAUUGGUUAAAUUUCAAGUUGAUUAUUAUCCAUAUCAUUUGGCAAUUGCUGACAGAAAACAUUGGGCUCUUUAUAAAGAAAGUGCUGUUCCUCAUAGUCAAUGGUUACAACAAUCUUUAAAUGCUUUUAGAGGGCAAUUUAUGGAUCUUAUUGAUUCGGGUAGAACUCAACAUUCACCUUUAACUCGCACACAAGCGAAUGCAAGUGGUAAUAGUAUGAAAUCAAGCGGUGAUGAAUCUGAUAAGCCUUCACUUCAAAGUAGCGGAUCGCAAGAGAAAAAACCAUCUUCACAACCAAGUGGAAAUCCUGUGAAAAAUCAUGUACUUGAACAAUUGGCAAAAUUAAUGACGACAUGUAUUGUAAUUCGAGUUGAUGACUUCACUCUCUAUAAAGUUACAACUGCAACUCGAAAGCCAAUACCAAAAGAAUUUGUUUUAGCUCAAUCGAGGAAGAAGCAUUCACCAGGUGAUAAAGACAGAUUUUGUCUUCCCGAAGAUGUUAAUAUUCUUCAUGCUGAAUUUACUUACUAUUAUUAUCCUGGUGACAUUACAUUUCCACUACCAUUGCCAAAAUUUUAUGUACAACUAAAUCCAAUACAAAUAAAUUUUGACAUUUGUUCUUGUCUUUGGUUUAAUUCAUUUCUCUUGAAUCUUUAUUAUUCAUUAUUGGGUGACGAUAAGAAAACAGCGACAAACACAGCAAAUCUCAUGUAUUUUGAUGUUAAAAUUGAAUCAAUAUUACCAAGAGUGGUUUUUGAAAAUCAACAGGAUUAUCCAAAUCAAAAAGACAGGCCAAAAUCACUUCAUAUACAAACAUCGAGAGCAACUAUAACAAAUGUGAGAUCAACGGAAAGAUCAUCGAGAGCCGAUUUAGCACAAUGUCUCAAUGCAUUUCAAAUGGGACAAAUGUUUUUUGGUACUGAAUUUCCUAAUAAUCCAGAGGAUUUUCAUGUUGUGACGGAGAAAUUUUUACAACAUUGCGCAGGCACAGACAGAAUUAGAUCAGUUCCCGAUAAUUUUAGCAGUAAUUCAGUGAAUGAAAUGGUACGUCAAUUGAAACGUGAACUUCUUUGGAUGGAGGCAAAAGAUGUUUGGUGCUGUAAUUUCGAGCCAGUUUGGGGUGAUUUUUUUGGUGCAAGAGCCGUGGGUCAAAAUCGUCCAGUUCCAUUUUUAGAUGCUUUUCCAUUAACACUUUGGAUUCAUAUGAAAACAGAGGAUACAACUAGUGAAAAUACAACUUCUUCAUCAUCAUCAUCAUCAUCAUCUUCUUCUAAAAUUCCAUCAGCCGAUAUACAUGGCCUUGCUUAUAUUAGUAAUCUAAUUAGUGUACAAAUAAAUCACUAUCAAUUUCUUUUUCUCUUGAGACUCUCAGAAGCUGUAACUGAAAUGGCUACUUAUUUGAAUGUUGAUUCAAAUAAAAUUCUCAAAGUCGAAAGAGGAAGUUCAAUAGUCAUUGGAGCGCUAAUUCCACAGAUUGAAGUGACAUUUAUUAUGCCAUCACAAACGCCAGGAAAGGAAAAUUCAGGUGGUGAUUUAGAAUCAGUUGUUCCCGAUUCUUCAAGUAUUGCCGAUAUUGAAUUUGGUGGUUCAUCAUCAUUAUGGCAAACAAAUGCAACAGCGGCACGCGUUGAUUAUAGUACAAAACGAAUGAAUACAAGUAAUGAUGUUGAAACACCACAAAGUGAAGUUUCAUCAAUGCUUUCAAUGGAUUUUUCACAUAUGAAUAUGCAAUCGCAGCCAGUUGUUACAUUUCAACAACAAAAUGGAACAAAUAAUAAAUAUUCAGAACAAAUUGAGAAAAAAACAAUGAGAACAAGACCUGAGAAUAUUGUAAAAUUAGAAAGUACAACAAAUUCACCAUUUAUUUCAAAUAAUUUAAGUUUAUCAUCAAUGAAAAAGGGAUUUAGUAAUUUAAUGACAUCAUUGGAUUCGGCAUUGAAACCAUCGCCUGAGGAUGGAUGUAGUGAUACUGUUUCAAUGAGAAGUGAUGCAAGUUCUGAUAGUGAAAAUUAUGUUGUUGUUUCAUUGGAGGAUCAAGAGAAAAUGGAUGCAACAUUUGCAUUGGAUAAUUCAAUAAGAGUUGCUGCUGUUGAAGAGGCUAGUGAAGUUAUUGAAGAAACGCCCGAUACACAAAGUGAAAAAUCAUUAGACAGCGUUUGUAAGAGAAAAGAUUUAGUUUCAAUGGUGACAUUCAAAUUAUCAAAAGUUGAAGUUAUUCAACAAUCAAAUGGAUUUUCAUCAUCUAUAAAAGUUCAAGUCUCAAAUAUUGCCAGUGACGAGUGUUCCUCAAUACCUUGGGAUGAAUUUCAGGCCAAGGGAAAGACAAAAUUCAGUUCGAGAACCCGUGGUUGGAUUGAAUUGCCAUCUGAUUCAGAGUGUAGAGCAAAAAUUAAAUUGAGAUUAGAUCAUUGUCUCAAGGAUAAAGAAGAUUCAAGAAGAUUAUCUCAAGCAAGUCAAAGUACUUAUGGUAGUAGUCGAAAUUCUCAGGAUCGAGGACGAUUUAAUGAUAUUGAAUCGGAAAUUUCUGGAUUUAACAUUUGUGAUAAGCAAAGUGUCAUGGCUUUAUUUAAAGAUCAUGUAAAUGUCAAAGUUUCAAAUGUUAAUUUAACAUUGUGUAUGAGUUCAGUUACUGGCCUUACCGAUUUAGUUGAGGAUGAAAUUAUUCCCAAACCAAUUCCAGUUGAGAUCUUAUUGGAAAACAUUGGAUUAACAUUAAACGAAGAUCGUCCUCCAAAUAAUAUAACAUCUCCUGGGCCAAUACCAAUUGAUUUAGUUAUUUCACGACUAAGGAUAUUACGAGGAAUUGAUGGGGUUUUUCACAUUGAACCAGUUGUAAACACUCUUUUGGAAAGUCAUUCAAAUCCAAUAUUAUCAAAUGGUACCAUACAAAAUAGAAACGAUGCUGAAUUAAAUAAUUUACGACAAUCUUGUAAGCAAUUUAAAUCUGAUAAUGAAGAAUUAAAACGACGUCUUGCGGCAUUAGAACGUUUUGCUGAUGAAAAUUCACGAUUACGAUUUGUUAAAGAAGAAUCCGAUAUGUUAAGAUCGUGUUUAGAAAUAUCGCAGGAAAAUAUUUCAAUUCUUAUGAAAGAAAAAAAAUCACUUCAAGAAACUGUAACGAAUCUUCAGGGUCAACUUGCUGGAGCUGGACCUAGUAAUAGUAAUCGAACUUCAUGGUCGAUGAAAAGAUAGCACACUAGUUGCUUUGAUUGCUCCAAAUGUUGCAGCGCCAAUAAAUCCUAGGUCCUUUUUUUUUAAUAAUUAUUAUUAUAGUCUUUCCGAAAUUUCUUUGAUAUCGAUUUUACAUUUUUGUGUUUUCCAAUAUGAAAAUUUAGCUAGUGUAACUGCCACCCAGUUCAAAAAAAAAAAAAGAAAACAAAAAAAUUCUAUUAUUCUAUUCCAGAGAAAAAUUCGACUGACAUAUUUUAGAUUCAGAGAAUGAAUGAAAAAAAAAAAUACUAAUUAAAUUUUCUCCUUUAUCAAAGUGAAUGUUACAAUUUUAGAAAAAAUUCGUAUUAGUUUAUAUAUAUUUAUUAGAGGAUGUUUCAAAUAUUGUACAUAAUAUGUAUAUUUAUUGUAUAUCGAAAUCUCUAGAUGGAAUUAUUAUUUUUAAUCUAAAAUGUUCUUUAAGAAAAAAAAAAUAGAACAAUGUUCAUUUUAUAUCUUGAGCCGGUGAUGGAAAUUAAAUAUUUUGUUAUAUUUUAUUUACAAAAAAAAAAUCGGAACAAAAGUUAGUAAAAAUUUUGUUUUUAUUUAAAAAAACAUACUAACUUUUUAUUUGACUGUCCAUCCGAUUUUUUUUCUUAAAUGCAACGACAGACUAAAUAUUUGUUUUCGGGUAUUUUUUUUUUUUAAACUGCUUUGAAAGUUGUUAAAAUAUUUUUAUUUUAAUAAACCAUUAAGUUUUUCUUUUUAUAA